UCUCCUCUUCCUCCUCGUCAUCCUCCACCUGGAUCACACGCACAUGGAGGAACGAGCCUCUGCCUCUGCCCGGAGCUGCAGCUGCUGCCCGGCGGCUCUUCCUCCGUCCGUCAGGCCGCUGUAGGACGUCGCUGUGCGGGGGGGCGGAGGGGAGGCAGCGGCGUCUCCUCCUCCAUCACGCUGCGGGCUCCUCGGACUGGAUGCUCGGGGACACACGCAGCCGUCGACUGAUCGGGUCGGAUCUUCUCACCAUGUUGCUGCUCCUCGCGCUGAUGUGGCCGCAGCUGCUGCUCUCAGAAUCGUCCUCUGGCGACCACGAGCUCCGUCACUUCCCUUCCCGCCGCUCCGCUCGCCUCCGGUCGCCUCUGUUCCCUCAGUACGACGUGGACGAGUCCCACCCCCUUCAUCAUCAUCGUCAUCAUCUUCCUCGCCGCCUCCUGCUCCCUGACACGUUUGCCAAGUCGAUGCCGGACGCCCUCUUGGACUCUCGCUUCCGCCAGAAGCUCGGCGCCCGGCGAACCGUCAACCUGCUCGCUCGGCCGCAUCACCAGGUGACGCCGGAGCACGUGGACGUCUCGGCCCGACACCUGGUCACCGUGUACCUGGCCGUGGACGUGCGGCGGCUGAACGUCAGUCUUCUUCGCUGGUUUCGAGACGGUGUAGCGGCGGCGCUCGGUGUUCCUGCAGGACGCGUUCACAUCAACCGGCUGAAUGAGGAGAAGAAUGGCAUCGAGCUCUUCGUGUCCUCUGAUAGGCCAGGCACCUCCGAGCUCCGCCCCGCCGAAGAAGUCAUCCAGUCACUGAACGUCAAGGUCCUUCACCGACACCUGGGACACUUCGGCAUCACCGAGGUCUCGACUGAGAAGAACGUGCUGCAGGACGAGCAGAGGGAUCACGUGUGGAGCAGGGAGGGUUUCUACACCGUCGUCCUCUUCUUCACCGUCUUCGUCAUCGUCGUCACCUGCUUGAUGGUUUUGUACCGACUCAAGGAGAAGGUUCAGGUUUAUGAAAGACAGCUGAAAACUCCGCCCCCUGACCUCCGCCUGACCCUGACCAUCCCUCGAGACUCCACCCAGAGGUCAAAGGGCAUCAAGGUCGUCCCGUCAGGAAGCAUGGUCCAAGCUGAGCUCCCUCCUGCUGUAGCCACGCCCACUCCCCAGCAGCAGCCAAUCGUAGUGUGUCGCCGCCUCGCUCCACCUGUCGUCCCUCUGCCCAGUCCCGCCCCUGCUCCCGUCGUCAACGGCUGCGACCACACCCUGCUCGCCAGCGUCGCCCCGGUGACGGCCAGUAACGAGCUCAAGCCCUGCCCCUCCCCCUUCAGGAUGAAACCCGCCGCAGGACUGCAAGAAAGACGUGGCUCCAACGUGUCUCUGGUGUUGGACAUGUCGUCGCUCGGCUCCGUGGAGCCCCUCAGCGUCGCCGUGGUAACCCCCAGGGAGUCGGCGGCGAGGGAGUACCUGUCGUCCGCCGGCCGCCCGCUGACGAGGCGGCAGCUCCGGGACGUCGUCUGCAACACGCACAAGCUGCACACGGAGUUCACCGAAAUUCCCAUGAAUUUCAUCGAUCCCAAGGAGCUGGAUGUUCAGAACCAUGGAACCAAGAACCGAUACAAGACCAUACUGCCCAAUCUUCACUCCAGAGUGACCCUGAAGUCCAGGAGCUCCAACGACCCGCUGGGCUCCUACAUCAACGCCAACUACAUACGGGGUUACCUCGGCGACGAGAGGGCGUACGUCGCCACGCAGGGUCCCAUGGUGAACACGGUCAACGACUUCUGGCAGAUGGCGUGGCAGGAGGAGUCGCCGGCCGUCGUCAUGAUCACCAAGCUGAAGGAGAAGAACGAGAAGUGUGUUCUGUAUUGGCCGGAGAGGAGAGGAAUCUACGGGAAGGUGGAAGUGUUGGUGAACAGCGUGAGGGAGUGUGAACACUACACCACUCGCAGCCUCACGCUCAAGUGUGGGAAUCAAACGCGCGUGCUGCAGCACUACUGGUACACGUCGUGGCCCGACCACAAGACCCCCGACUCGGCGAUGCCGCUGCUGCAGCUGAUGGCCGACGUGGAGACGGAGCGACGAGCAGCCGCCGCGACCGGCCCGCUCAUCGUCCACUGCAGCGCUGGGAUUGGUCGGACCGGAUGUUUCAUCGCCACGACGAUAGGCUGUCGACAGCUGCAGCUGGAGGGAGUGGUGGACGUGCUGAGCAUCACCUGUCAGCUCCGAGUCGACAGAGGUGGGAUGAUCCAGACGGCUGAGCAGUAUGAGUUUGUCCAUCACGCCCUGAGCCUGUACGAGACACGCCUCCCUGCAGAAACUGGCCAAUGAGCUGUCACCGCCCCAGGACCAGGAAGUCCUCCGAGGAACGAGGGACUUGGCUUCUGGACGAGGGACAAACGAAUGAGGAUGUUGUGGGCGGAGCCUGUGAAAGGAAAGAGGGAAAGGUAGAAUUCUGAAAAUGGAAUGUAUCCGAUCUUCUUCUUCUUCUUCUUCUUCUUCUUCUCUGGUGUUUCUUCUUCAUGAUGUUGUCGGUGUGCGGUUCGUCAGAGGAACUCGAGAGACGCUUUACCUCUUCUCUGUCCCGAGGGAUGAAACAUCGUGUUUCUGUGUCUUAUAGGAUUUUAAAAUUAUUUUUUAAACAUGGUGAUAUAUAUAUAUAUAAAUAUAAUAAGCUAUUUUAAAAUGACUGUUAUGUGGUUGCACCUGUGGCGAAGCUACUGUACCACUGUUACGCGAGUCCUCCAGCCUCUUCCUGUUGGACACAUCAGCCUUAUGGAACUGUAGAGAAAAGAUCUCGUCUAUUUUCAAAUUCCGAAAGCUUUUCCUGCUGCUUCUCUAACGAUUUUAUUUGCAACGAGGAACAAAAUCCUUUAUAACUAACAUAACAUAAUGAACUAUAAGCUCAUUAUGUUUUGGUAAAUUUCCAAAUAGGAUACCAAAAAUAAAAAGUGUCAUAUUCAGAUUCAAAUCCUUAUUAUAAUGAACUUCCUCUCUCUUUUUGAAUAUAUUACAAUUCCAGAAUAUGUGAGCAAAAUACAAAACCAUAAACCAAUAUGGUUAAUCAGAGUAGUCAAUAUAUUUCAAAAACUUUAAUUUUGAUCCUAGGUUAUUUCACAAUUUCUAAUUCAACUGUUACAACUUAAUGUUAAACUUCUCAGAUUAAAUUUCCACUGAAACAAAUGUUAAGAGUUACCCUCUUGAGAAACUUGUGGAAAAAAUAUAAAAAUGAAUUAAUAAUAAAUUCAGAUACAUUUUACUGUUCAUGUAUUAAAAAUAAUAUCUUAAUAAAUUGCUGAAUUUAAAAUGAUAUGAGCCAAUACUGUGGUAAGCCAGCCAGCACACUGACAUGGUCCAGGCACUUAUUUCAGCUGUAAUUAAAAAUAGUGGGAUUAUUAAAAUAUUUGUUUUAAUCUUUAUAUUCCCAGUAAUUUCCCUGUUCCACUAAUAACUGUGGUUUUUGAAUACUGACGAGAAAUGGUUUUCUCUUUGUUAAAAUGAGUAGAUAUUCCACUUAUUUAGUUACAGUGGUAAACUAAUGGACCUCAUUUCAAAAAGCCAAUUCAAAAUGUCUCUCAGACACAAUUCAUAUAUUUAAUCCAUAAUUCAAGGAAUAAUGUUGAAAUAUCUUCAUAUUUUAGUCAGUGUUUAGUUUCAGUGCAGAGCCAAAUUGAAAAAUGUUGCUGAUUCAUUCCCGUCAUAACAAAUUCAGAGACUCUUCUGCCGCCUGGUCUCAGAGUUUACAUUCAGUACAGUAGUUCACCUUGUUCCUCACAUUGACACUUUCCCCUGUUGUGCGAAAUAUUACUUUAUACCAAAAAUGUGUCGCAAUGGUGCAAUCAUCUUAUUGGUGUGGUGUCGAUUAUGUUAUCUGGUGCGUUAUUUUUGGUGUAUGAAAGUAAUAAUAACUUUAUUUUUCUACUGUUUUUACAUGUUUUCCAUGUGUUUAGCAGCUAUUAGCCAAUAAUUAAGACCAACCUCAUCAUCUCUGAAUUAUCAGUCCAACAGGAGCUGGACAGAAUGAAUAACAAGUCCUUUGAGAUAUUUUUAAUGGAGCAAUAUUCGUUACAUAUGCUCCCAAACAAACUAUAUAAGAUAAAUCAAACAAUGGGAAGUUCAAAAACUAAAAUAUUGUAUUUUAUAGAGAAUCAGCUCACUUUGACGUUACAUGUAAAAUGUCAGAAAAGUUCAUGAGACCAAAUGUCAAGAGAAGGGCGAGUUAAUUUUUUUAUAUACAGUCCACAUACUUAUAUAUUUUAGGUGGUUUAACCAGUUCCUGUGGCGUUGACUUGUUUUAGAGAUCUGAGGUUUAUACAGUAAUGUUAGUUAUGAACAAUAUUAACAAACAUAAUCGACUCUGUGUGAACAAGAAAACAUUGUGCAGUUCAAGUUAAAGUGCUAUUAAAACGUAGGUGGACAGUUACUGUACAUUUUGAAUCCACGGACAAUGAACUCGGAGGUCGUGCUGCUAAUUCUGGGAAACCGGAAACGUUGUCGGACAAUAAACGAGGAAUUUUGAGGACUCUCUUCUUUUUCUAUGUACCAAUAUAUUUUUUAUUUCUAUAUUUACUUGUGAUACAAUCGAGGGUUUGUCUACAUACUCAACGUCCUGUAUCAUCAACCCACUUUGCACUUGAGUCGAUUCAAAUCAAAUUAAUUUCAAAACUGCAAAAUGUCCCAAUUAUCUGACAUUUAUUAUUAUAAUUAUUAUUAUGACCGUGUGACGGUUUUAUGAAAUGUUCUGUUUGAAGUGACUGAAGACAAAGUGAGUUGAUCCACUGCAGCAGCAGGUACGACGACACACGUUGCCUCUGACGUAGUAUUGUGUAUGUACAGUAGGUGGUGUUCUCUUAUUGUUGACUGUCGAUGGAGAUUGAAGGAAACUGAACAUUUUCAACUUUACACAGUUGUCGCACUGCAGAGCAAAUAAUGUGUUCACUUUGAUUUUAUUGAAUUUUUACUGCAUUUUGUUUUUAAUGUACGAACUGAACUGAGUGAUGCAUUUAGUGAGUAACACUGUUCAGUUAUGAUUCCAGAUGAUUCAUUUUGAACAACUAUUAGUUAAGUUUAACCUAAAGCUUUUGACAUGAAGAAAAAAGUUUACAAUAAUAAAUCCUUAACUAAUACUUGUUUGGAAUUAAUUGGCGCGUUUCAUUAAACAAAAGUCCUCGACAUGAACAGAUUUGUAUACAAACAUUUAAUAAUAAAUAAUAAUAAAUAAACAUUUUAAUGCAUAAUGAAGAGCAAAUAUUCAUUAAAAAGAGCAAAUAUUUAUCUCAUGUAAAUAUUUGUUUGAUUUCACAUUUGCUAGUUAAAUAACAGAUUUCUUUUCAUUUUAAACAUUUAAAAAAACAAACUACAGUUUGUUAGUGAGGCAGUUAGCUGAUGCUAGCAAGCUUGCUAAUAAAGGAUUGUAACAGUUUAUUUUGCACAUAAUUAUUAAUAAAUAUUAGUUUUAUUGAGAAAUUGCUUCUACAGUGGAACUGAUGCAUCAAUAUUGAAAACCAAGUCAGUAAUUAUUUUAAUUCAAGAAAUGUAACAGUCACUAAAUGUCAAAGACGUUGAUAUGAAUGUAAACACGCCAACAGUAGUUUCUGAUACAUACAGUUUACCAUUUAGUCAGCAAUUAAAAAAAUACUAUUAAUUUGCAAAAAAUCUAUAAUCUGAACAAAUCUAUAGUGCGAAAGACAAAAGUACCACAUUAAAGAUGAAAAUGUUCGAUUCCCUUUGGGCUCCUUCUUCGUGGGCAUUACGUCUGAGUCCUCGCACAUGUUUUUGAACGUAUUAAUAAUCAAACUGAAUGUUGUCAUAGUCCGGAACAUUAGCCACUGAGUAGUGCUGUUACUGUUAUAUUCUGUUACUGUACCUGUGACCUGUACAUAAAGACACUCGACAUACAAA